CUGUCUCUUGCUCGAUAGACGAGGGAGAGAGAGAGAUCGCAGAGUCAGCGCAGAACGAGCAGAUGGCUUGCAAUCCGCAGAGACAAGUUAAGAGUGAGGUCUGCGAGCAGUAAGCGAGCAACGAGACAGAGAGAGUGAGAGAGAGAGCAAUGGCGACGACGAUGAUGCUUCGUGUCGCUCCCAAUGUCGGGGCCUUGAGCUCCAGCAGCAGCUCGCAGAGCUUGAUGGGUUCGCCCCUGACUGCGCGCUCGGCUGCUCCUUCGCUCAGAAGGGCUCGCACUUCCGGGUUGGUCGUCAAGGCCGCAGCUCCGGUGCCCCUGCCCGCUGAGUAUGGGUACGUUGUUCUGACCGCAGCUUCCAGCUACGUGCUCGUUCAGUGGCAAGCAAUUCAGGUGAGUAUGCAAAGGAGGAAGUCUGGAAUCCAGUACCCCAAGAUGUACGAGGAUGCCGACCCUUCUGUGUUCAACUGCUAUCAGCGUGCACACCAGAACACCUUGGAGUCGUAUCCUGCGUUUUUAGCACUGCUUCUCGCCGGUGGACUUGCUUACCCAAUAACAUCUGCAGCAUUUGGGAUGUUGUGGGUCGUUGGAAGAGUAGUCUACUCACUCGGGUACUACACUGGUGAUCCCAAAAACCGUCUGAAGGGAGCUUUCAAUUUCUUUGGACUUUUCGGACUUCUUGGAACAUGCUUGGUAUUUGGUGCACGCCAGAUCGGGAUGUUGCCUAUUGGUUAGGUGCAGCUUGAAGAGGGAAGAAAAGUAACAAGUUUCCUGCCGUUCAAAGUCUUGACUGUAAUUGUAAUCACCAGUCAUGGAAUAGGUUACGUCUACGAAGUUGUACAAUAGAGAGAAGUUUGAAUAUCUGGGUGUAAACAAGCCGAAUACAACUAAAGUCAGUAAUUUUCUCCACUUGUGCUGCAUCAAGCGGGUGAAGCCGUAUGGAAGAAGUUCCGAAGAAGGCAAAUAGAGUCUAUCUUUGGUCUCUAGCCUCGAAAUGAGAGCUUCAAUGUUGUGUGGAUUACCUUUGCUUUAAAAGUGAGUUUGAGAAAUCUGAGCCUUUGUUUUCCUGGAAAGCAUGCGGGGCUCACUCGGUCCUCUAAUGACAAAGAACUUGGUGAGUUCAUGAGCAG